GGCGCGGGGGGCGGGGCGCCGCGCAGGCGCAGUGCUGGUAUUGUUCGGCGGGGCCGCCCGGCGGCCGCAGAGCGUGGGGGCGCCAUGCCGAUCAACAAGCCUGAGAAGCUGGACAAGCCAGAGAGCUGUGAUAAUGUCAAGGUUGUUGUUCGAUGUCGGCCUCUUAAUGAACGAGAGAAAGCUACGGGCUAUAAAAUGGCAGUCAACGUAGAUGAAAUGAGAGGAACUAUAACUGUUCAUAAAACAGACUCAUCCAAUGAGCCUCCUAAGACAUUUACAUUUGACACAGUGUUUGGACCAGACAGCAAGCAGCUGGAUGUCUAUAAUUUAACUGCAAGACCAAUUAUUGACUCUGUCCUAGAAGGAUACAAUGGUACUAUUUUUGCAUAUGGGCAGACUGGAACAGGCAAAACUUUCACCAUGGAAGGGGUCCGAGCAGUUCCUGAGCUUAGAGGCAUCAUUCCCAAUUCCUUUGCCCAUAUAUUUGGUCACAUUGCCAAGGCAGAAGGGGAUACAAGAUUCUUAGUUCGUGUCUCCUACCUUGAAAUUUACAAUGAAGAAGUGCGGGACCUGCUGGGAAAAGACCAGACACAGAGAUUGGAGGUUAAAGAGAGACCCGAUGUAGGCGUUUAUAUCAAAGACCUUUCGGCGUAUGUUGUGAACAAUGCGGAUGACAUGGACAGAAUCAUGACUCUGGGCCACAAGAACCGUUCUGUUGGUGCCACAAACAUGAACGAGCACAGUUCCCGGUCGCAUGCCAUCUUCACUAUCACUAUUGAGUGCAGUGAAAAGGGCGUUGAUGGAAACAUGCACGUGCGCAUGGGCAAGCUUCACCUUGUCGAUCUUGCUGGCUCUGAAAGACAGGCAAAAACUGGAGCCACGGGGCAGCGACUGAAGGAAGCAACUAAGAUCAACCUCUCUCUUUCCACGCUGGGGAAUGUCAUCUCUGCGCUGGUGGAUGGCAAGAGCACCCAUGUGCCCUACCGUAACUCCAAACUGACACGGCUCCUUCAGGAUUCUCUGGGAGGCAACUCCAAAACCAUGAUGUGUGCAAACAUUGGACCAGCAGACUACAACUAUGAUGAGACCAUCAGCACUCUGAGGUAUGCAAACCGAGCCAAGAACAUAAAGAACAAGGCCAGGAUCAAUGAAGAUCCCAAGGAUGCUUUGCUCCGACAGUUCCAAAAAGAGAUUGAAGAGCUUAAGAGAAAACUGGAAGAAGGGGAAGAGAUAUCUGGUUCCGAGACCAGUGAUUCUGAAGAAGAGGAUGAAGAUGAUGAUGAUGGGGAGAUCGGAGAGGAUGGAGAGAAACGGAAGAAACGGCGGGGCAGUAGCAGCAGCAGUAGUUCAGACUCCACAUGCUCUGUCAUAGAGAAACCUCUGGAUAAGUCCUUCACUAAUCAAGCAGGCAAAAAGAAAGUUUCCCCUGAUAAGAUGGUAGAGAUGCAGGCAAAGAUUGAAGAGGAGAGAAAAGCUCUUGAAACUAAGCUUGAUAUGGAAGAAGAAGAAAGAAAUAAAGCCAGAGCUGAACUGGAAAAGAGAGAAAAAGACUUGCUUAAAGCUCAACAAGAGCACCAGUCUCUCCUGGAGAAAUUGUCUGCAUUGGAGAAGAAGGUGAUUGUGGGAGGAGUGGACUUGCUGGCAAAAGCAGAGGAGCAAGAGAAGCUUUUAGAAGAAUCAAAUAUGGAGCUGGAAGAGCGAAGGAAGAGAGCAGAACAGCUUCGCAAGGAGCUUGAGGAGAAAGAGCAAGAGCGCUUGGACAUUGAGGAGAAGUACACCAGCCUGCAGGAAGAAGCACAGGGAAAAACCAAAAAGCUGAAGAAAGUUUGGACCAUGCUCAUGGCUGCGAAAUCAGAGAUGGCAGAUCUGCAGCAAGAGCAUCAGAGAGAGAUUGAGGGAUUGCUAGAGAAUAUUCGGCAGCUGAGCAGGGAACUUCGUCUCCAGAUGCUUAUCAUAGACAACUUCAUUCCUCAGGACUACCAGGAAAUGAUUGAAAACUAUGUUCACUGGAAUGAGGACAUUGGAGAGUGGCAGCUGAAAUGUGUUGCGUAUACAGGAAACAACAUGAGGAAGCAGACGCCUGUCCUGGAUAAAAAGGAAAAAGAUCCCUUUGAAGUGGACCUUUCCCACAUUUACUUAGCUUACACUGAAGAAAGCUUGAGGCAAUCUCUAAUGAAGCUGGAAAGGCCGAGGACUUCAAAAGGAAGAUCCAGGCCCAAGACGGGUAGAAGAAAACGUUCAGCAAAGCCAGGAGCUGUCAUUGACUCUUUGCUGCAGUAGGCGUGACCUGUUCAGAAUGGUCAUAGAGGUCUGUGAGUGUGAAAGACUUGGCCACAACAUGGAAUUCAAGAGAUGGCACGGUUGGACAUGGCUGUAAAAUCCAUGCCUUGCUGGUAUGGAGCUUUAUUUAAAAAAAAUGUAUUUUUCCUUAGUUGCCCGUAUAUUGUAUGUUAUAUUAACAUAAUAUUAAACUGGUAUGUAUGAUGGUUGUGAAAUUCCACGUGUUAAGUGUGUUGUGCAGGGAUACUAUUGUUGGCGAUCCUUGUUGAAAUGUAUAGAAAAUAAGGGUUCUAGCUGUGUGUUUAAGUGCUAGAUAUGUUAGCUCAAAACAGUUGAUGAAAUCCUAGAAUUUAAGGUUGGUAAAUCUGAUAUAUGCCCUGCUUUGCACAUAACUGGCAGCUUUCACUAUUGUCCUCUGUUGCACUGAUCUGUGUUUGAAUGUGGUUGCUGCAAACCUUUGAAUUAAGAGCAUCAAACCCUUUUAUUUAACUCUUCCUCACUGUGGCAAUUGACCUGAUCGUAUCGUGUAUCAAAUACACAGCCCUUUUCCCUUCACCUGCUGUCUUGCUGUACAAAGAAAAUAGUUAGGUAGGGUACACAUGAACUGCGAAAGUCUGAGACUUCUGGGAAGGGACCAUGCUCUGCUUAAGUGCAACAGAAAACAAGUGUUUCUUAGUGGUGCUUUUAUUUUUCUCUGUUUGCCUGUGAUCUGCUGGCGCUGGAGAGCGAGGCCUUUGAUGCAAAGGCAAAAAAAGCGCUUUUCUUCCUUAUAAGGCUGUCUUGCAGCAUUGCUUUGGCUGCUUUUUAUGCUUCUGAGCUGGAAUUUUUUUAAAUGUGAAUUGUUUUGUAAUCUGAACAGCAGAGAUUAUUUAAAGGGAAUGCUGUAGUCCUAGGACUUGGGACUGUGGGCAUUAUGGCUCCAUUUCCCCACCCUGGCUACAAGGGCGCUGGACCAGUGCUCUAAGCUGAGGGUGACUGUCUCUCCUAUACUAAAACAAGCACAAAUUGCCCACUUUUCCCAGAAUGGCAACAUCCCGUGAAAUACCUGAUGCUGUUUGUGUUCCUGUGCAGACUGUAUCACCUCGGGUUCCUGGUUGUGCUCCGAGGGGGGGAAAGAUUCUGGUCUCUGAUAAUAACAAUUGAUUUGUGGUGGCUGCUCUUUUUCUUUGAUGUUUAUGCUGCUAAUAGACACAUAUCACUUUAAUACAUUGCUUUUGUGUCACAGAAGAUACAUCUCCUUUGGACUGUGUGUGCUUUGACUCAUGCUGGAGCCCAUCAGCUGCAGGCAUCUGAACAACUCCUGUGUGCCAGGGUGGUGGUUGUGAGCCAAAACUUUCAUGGGAUCUUAGUUUUACCUAGAGGUUUAAAAAGCUGGGAGUACUGAUAGGAGAAAUGGAAUCCUGACAGAAAGAACAAGGUAGCUCCUUAGGCGUCCCGAGUUCUUGCUAGUAGCCACUUCUGCAAUGACCGGAGUGUUCUUAUGUGAAGUACUUGGAGUAGCUGGAAGCUGAUAGCCCUUUCUUGCUGUUGUGAUGCUUAACUGGAUGUACCUGGUGGCUCUAACAGGUCUGUCAUGGGAUCUGUAGUUGUUAAAACUGGUCUUGUAAGGGUGUGUUUUGCUGUAGAGAGAUACUAAGUGCUAUUCUAAACAAGUGGUAAGCUUUUCCCUGGUUUUCUAAAUGUGUUUUUCAGGAUCAUGACCUAGGAAAACACCACACACCUCCCCUUCUGGGUGAGAGGGAGUGUCACCUAAGUUCAUACAAGAUAAAAUACAAACACUGGCAUUUCAUUUCACUAGCCUUGCCUUUACAGAGGUAAAUACACAGAAUUCUUUUCUGAUCUGAGCGUUGUAGUUGGUUUUGCUCUUGAAGAGCUGACCUUGCUUUGAAUGUGCUUAGCUAGAAUUGGAUUAUCUCAUAUUAUGGACUUCUUGCCACACAAGACCAACUGGAAAUGGCUUAAAUGCUGUUGUAUCUUAGGCUUCGCCCAAGGAGAUUGGUGCGCAGUUUUGGCCUGUGCUAGUUCUGAGAACCAGGGAUAACUGUUGUAUCUCCCUUUGCGUUCAGUCUUGUGCUAAGAUUGGUUGAACCAUCUGUUUUAGGGAUUUUCUCCUGAACUGUGCUUUCAAAAACACUAUUGGGAAGUCUUCUACCUGACAGAGAUCUGUGGCUUAAAGAUCCCACUGUGAGCCAUGACAGUGUGUUUAAUUUGAAAAUGUAAUUUAAAAGCAUAUGCUUUGAUUUAGCUAACGUUACAGUCCUGCUUCUGGAAAAAAAAUAGUGCUCUAGAUAUUCAAGUAAGCCCUGGGGCAGAAGAAAUAAUAAAUAAUUGCUUGCACACCUUUAACUGGCAGAUUGGAUAAACUGGUUGUAACCUCCUGUUACAGGGGCUUGGCAAACAAAUGAUCUGCUCUGACAAGCAGACUUUCAGUGUAACGCUAUUGUAGUCGUGAUGUUCUAUCAGCUUGGCUUUUACCUUUUAACUGCUGUGUGGUGGUGAAGUUCUGGGAGCUUUCUUUUAGAGCCAGAGAGUCUGGCUUCCAGGUUUUACUGUACGGGGUUCCCUUGGUAGCCCUGGACAAUCUGUGAAUGUCUAAUGGGUCCAAAAUAUGUUUUGAUGAGGAUGAGGUUUGGUUUUGUGUGUUGUUUUUAAGAGCUUAUUACAGCCACUCUCAUCCCAGGUCAGUACGUGCGUUACAAUAGUUAUCAAAAGCCAUGUUCCCAUAACACAUAGUGCAUGCUCAUCUUUGCAGCUUGCUACCAGGAGAUUCCCCUCAUUCCAGACCAUUGACCAUAACAUUGGAGGUUUUGACACUUUAUGUUGUUUAAUGUUGUGUAAAUUAUUUCAUAUUUAACUUGUUUCUGAUGCUUUCUUUAAGAGGAGGGGAAAACGGUCCUUAGUGCCUUUCACUGAUUACGCUGUCUGCACAUGUCCAGCUUUCACCUUUCUCAACAGUUCUGCUUCGCCAGUCCUGUACAUAGGAGAAACUGCUCGUCUGCCUGUAUAGUUUGUCUUCCUAUUUAUUGGUUUUCUAAUUCGGUUUAUCUCUGAUUAUUCUUUGUUUUAUGAUUAAGCGUUACUCAUUACGCUGUAUAUAUCAGUAUUGUGUCCCUGAAAGCAUGUUCAUACCAUGAAAUAAAAUUCUUGAUUCCUAU